UUAAAAAGCAAACAUAAUUUCACAACAUAACUGAAUCGAGCCACAGCACAACGAAAUCGAGCCACAACACAACGAAAUCGAGCCACAACACAACGAAAUCGAGCCACAGCACAACGAAAUCGAGCCACAACACAACGAAAUCGAGCCACAGCACAAUGAAAUAGAGCCACAACACAACGGAAAUGCUCCCGACCACUAGGAGGCAUCAGCGCCAGAGAACAUUAAUCAGUAUGCGUGUAGAAGAGGCUGUCGAGUCGUUUGGAGGAGAUUUUACAACGUAAGUACAUUCAACCGGUGCUUUUAAUGUUAAUGUUGCUAUAUAUUUGGAUACAAUUACGUAUAUACAUGCAUAUUACCAAAAUUGUUAAGUAAACUAUUCGUCACUUUCCUUUCUUGUAAUUGGAUUGAUCAUUUUUUAUCAUUGUCUUCUAGGCUGCCAUGUUUUGUCCCUUUUGUGGAAACGAACUUGGGACUGCUAUUGCCUUUUGUGGCUCUUGCGGUUCUAAUGUCCAAAUUUUGUCAGAGCACGUUUUCCCAAUCAAAGUUUCUGAAGAGGAUCUUCUUCGCAAGUACUUUAGAGAUGGACACACUUACAGUGUAAUUUUGGAUAUUCUGGCAUCAAAGCACAACCUCAAAUUCAGCCUUCGUACCUUAAAAAUCAAAUUAAACAGACUAUCAUUGUACAGACGAAAAAGCUACACACCUUUGGACAUUGUUCAGGCAGCAAUUACUGAGGAGUUGGAUGGUCCUGGACAGCAUUAUGGGUACUGCACAAUGUGCCAAAUACUACGUCAGAAAUACAGUCUUACAGUUAACAGACAAGAUGUAAUGUAUAUGAUGGCAGAUCUUGAUCCAUUAGGAGUUGUACAACGAUCAAGAAGAAUGUUUGUAAGAAGGGUUUACCAUUCUUUGGGGCCAAAUCACACCUGGCACGUUGAUGGAUAUGACAAAUUAAAACCCUAUGGUUUGGCCAUAAGUGGCUGCAUUGAUGGAUACUCUCGGAAAGUGAUGUGGUUGGUCUGUGGAGCCAGCAACAACAACCCAGAAGUUAUAGCUCAUCAUUACCUGCAGUGUGCCACUGAAUUUGGGGUCAUACCAAAGCUUCUUCGCACGGACUGUGGCACUGAAAAUGGAGUAAUGGCUGCAAUCCACUGCACUCUGAGAUCAAACCACCAAGAUGAACUUGCAGGGGCUGCAAGUCAUGUGUAUGGCGCAUCAACUACCAACCAAAGAAUUGAAAGCUGGUGGUCAUAUUUCAGAAAACAAAGGACUCAGUUCUGGAUGGAUCUUUUGAAUGACCUGAAAGAGAGACAACUUUUUAAUGGCAGUCAUGAGCACAUAUGCUUGGUGCGUUUUGUCUUUUUGGGCAUGCUACAGAAGGAGCUUGAUGAAACCAAAGAAAUUUGGAACACACACACCAUUAGGGCAGUUAAACAAUCUCGCUGUCCUUCUGGGAAACCAGAUGCAAUGUUCAUUGUUCCACACAGGUUUAAUGGAACCGAUUGUGGAUUCCCUAUCUCACAGGACAACCUGGACCAGUAUCUGGCUGAACCCACUUUGAGUAUGUGUGGAGAUGACCAGCUUCAAGCAAACUUUGAAGAACUACAUUCACAGGGCAAUUCUACUACACCUCUGAACUGGGAGACUGGUGUGGAAAAUUACAUAACCAUGAAGAACAUUGCUGAAAUUUAA